AUGUAUUUGCCAGCUCUCACUUGCUGCAUCACGGCUCUAAUCAUUCUACUCCUGCCGUUGAGCGCUUCGGAUGACCGGCUUGUCCCUGGCAAGUUGCUCUACCCCGGCAACACCAUCAUCUCCGAUGGUGGUACGUUCUCUUUGGGCUUCUUCAACCCCUCCAAUUCCACUCCAGCCAAGCUGUACCUUGGUAUAUGGUACAACAACAUCUCUGAGUUCACAGUUGUGUGGGUUGCCAACCGUGAAACCCCAAUCACCAACAACACUUCCUCUGCACCGAUUCUCUCACUCACCAACGCCUCCAAUCUCAUUAUCACCGAAGCAAAUAAUAGUGGUCGUGUCCUCUGGAUGACGGCCAACGUGAGCACUAUUACCCCAGGCUCGUCUACCCCAAAGGCGGUGCUUCUGAACACCGGAAACCUAAUCAUUCGCUUGUCAAAUGGCACCACAGUGUGGCAGAGCUUCGACCACCGCACAGACACGCUCCUCCCAGGGAUGAAGAUGCGGAUCAAAUACAACACACACGGCACUAGGGAUCGUCUAGUAUCCUGGAAGGGCCCAGGCGACCCAUCUCCAGGGCGCUUCUCCUAUGGUAGCGACCCAGACACACCCCUUCAAGCAUUCCUGCGGGACGGGGAAAACUUGGUGACCCGUGGCAACCCAUGGACAGGGAUCCAAGUGACUAGCUUUAGCAAAAACCAGUUAGCAGGGACAAUAAACAUUAGUGAUCUUAUCAUGUACAUAGCCAUUGUCGACAACGGUGAUGAGAUCUACGGUACAUAUAGCCUCUCUGAGGGCGCCCCACUCACAAGGUUAGUGCUGACCUACUCAGGUGAGUAUUACCUCAAGAGCUGGAGUAGCAACUUGUCGGCGUGGGUUGUCCUUAUGAAGUGGCCAUCUAUUGAAUGCAACCUCUACGGUUAUUGUGGUCCAUAUGGCUACUGCGAUGAGACAACUGCACCAGUGCCAAGGUGCAAGUGUCUUGAUGGCUUCGAGCCAACAAACAUGGCGGAGUGGACUAGCGACAGAUUCUUGGCGGGAUGCCGACGGAAGGAGCAACUACACGGGUGCGGCGGCAACUUCUUGGCCUUGCCGCAGAUGAAGUCACCAGACAAGCUCUCACUUAUCGGAGGGGGAAAGAGCACAUUUGAGGAGUGCAGGGCGGAGUGCAACCGCAACUGCUCCUGCGUGGGGUACGUGUACCGCAAUGUGAGUAGCGGCAGGUCUGGAGGAGAUAUAACGGCGUGCAUGGUAUGGUCUGGGGAGUUGGUUGACACUGGAAAGAUAGGCGUAGGCGGCGAGACACUCUAUCUCCGACUUGCAGGCAUGGAUGCAGCAGGUGGUAAACGUAGAAAGAUUAAUGCGGUCAGGAUUGCGCUGUCAGUUUUAGGCAGUGGUGUUCUGGUACUCAUAUGCACCUCUCUUGCAUGGUUAAAAUGCGAAGGCAAGAAGAUAAAAUGGAGAAGGCACAAGAAUAUAAGAUUGGAUGGUAUAAGCACCUCUGAUGAAUUUGGGGAAGAAAAACUUUCACACGAUCAAGCAUUUCCAUUCUUAAGAUUAGAAGAGAUUGCCCUCGCCACCCAUAAUUUCUCUGAAGCAUGUAUGAUUGGACAAGGAGGCUUUGGAAAAGUUUACAAGGGACAGUUAGGUGGUCAAGAUGUCGCAGUCAAGAGACUUAGUAAAGAUUCUCAACAAGGAACAAAAGAAUUCAGGAAUGAAGUCAUUCUAAUUGCAAAAUUGCAACAUAGAAACUUGGUUCGACUUCUUGGAUGUUGUGGAGAGGGAGAUGAAAAGCUCUUGAUAUACGAGUAUCUGCCUAACAAGAGCUUAGAUGCUACCAUUUUUGAUGACUCAAGAAAACUGUCAUUGGAUUGGAUGACACGGUUCAAUAUAAUCAAAGGGGUUGCCAGGGGGCUUCUAUAUCUUCACGAAGACUCAAGGUUCACCAUAAUUCAUAGGGACCUCAAAGCUGGAAAUAUUUUGUUGGAUGCAUAUAUGAAACCCAAAAUAGCGGAUUUUGGUAUGGCGAGAAUCUUUGCUGACAACCAGCAAAAUGCAAAUACCCAACGUGUAGUUGGAACAUAUGGCUACAUGGCUCCUGAGUAUGCAAUGGAAGGCGUAUUCUCUUCCAAGUCUGAUGUCUACAGUUUCGGCGUGUUACUACUUGAGGUUGUAACUGGUAUAAGGAGAAACUCCAAUAGUCAAACCAUGGGAUUCCCUAGCCUCACAGCAUAUUCAUGGCAUAUGUGGAAGGAAGAGAAGACCAAUGAACUGCCAGAUUCAUGUAUCAUAGGUACUUCACCAGACGAAGUUUUGCUUUGCGUCCAGGUAGCACUGUUGUGUGUCCAGGAGAACCCAGAUGAUAGACCGCUCAUGUCAUCUGUUGUCUUCGUUCUAGAGAAUGGAAGCACCACACUUGCAGCCCCCAACCGCCCUGCCUACUUUGCGCUACGAAGUGCUGAAAUGGAUCAAAUGAGAAAUAAUAUUCAGACUUCCGCCAACAGUUUUACUCUUUCUGAGAUACAGGGGCGAUGA